GAACUCAGUAACGCAACUGUUGGUUUGUUAUUCUAGAAAAAUGAAGAAAGCCCUAGUGGUAUGUUUCAUCGUCUCUUUAACGAUAGUUUGUAUUAGAAGUGACGAUGAAAAUGAUGAUGGAAGUAUUCAAGGUCGUUAUGGCAAUGGAGGUGGUAUUUACAAUGGGGGUGUCGGCUUUAACGGAGGAGUAGGAAACAGACCUAACUAUGGUGUGAAUCAUGGUGGUCACGGCCAACGAUGCACCUAUAUCUGUUCAUUGAGAAGGUGUUAUGCUGGCCAAUGCUAUUUUACAUGCCGUCCCGGAUACUACUGCCACAUAAACAGACCGAUUGACAUUUUUGGGCGUAAAAAAGGAGAAACUAUUGAAAUAACCAAGCCAGAGAGUGAGAAGGUUGACAAUUUUGAAUACGUGCCUGAAGAUACUUCGACUAAUGAUGAUGAAGCAGUUGUGUUUCAAGAUGACUGAACAAGAUAUGAGGCUCACAGCAAUUGCGUUUCAAGAUGACUGAACAACAUAUAAGGAUUUUGUAUACCUUCAUAGAAUCUUACAGACGUCUUCAGACUUACAGACAAUGAUUAUAUCAUCCACUCAUUUCAUUUUGGGUUAAUGUAUCGUGUGUAAUUGGGA